UCCAUGGCAAUACAGGGAACCGUUUAAACUUCAAGCCUUUCAUAUUAUAGCAGAAAGAGAGAGAGAGAUAGAGGUAAUCACAUGGAAGAAGGCCUUUCUCCACCGUUACACCCUCUCUCUCACUUUCUUUGGGCUUCUCUUUUUAACUCCCAAACUCUCUUUUUCUCUCUAUUUAUAUUAACUUAGCUAACUAAUUCGAAUUGAGAGAGAGGAGGUUGGGGGAUAGUAAUGGAAGAAGGGAAAUUUUUGCAGUGGGGUGUUUUCAGAUCUCUGCUUGCGAUUCUCCAAUGGUGGGGCUUUAAUGUUACCGUUAUUAUCAUUAACAAAUGGAUCUUCCAGAAAUUGGAUUUCAAAUUUCCUCUUUCAGUAUCAUGCAUUCACUUCAUAUGCUCAUCGAUUGGAGCAUAUCUGGUUAUCAAAGUGCUAAAGCUCAAACCUCUAAUAGCGGUUGAUCCUGAAGAUCGCUGGAAACGGAUAUUUCCUAUGUCCUUUGUGUUCUGUAUUAACAUAGUGUUGGGAAAUGUCAGCUUACGCUAUAUCCCGAUUUCCUUCAUGCAGACCAUAAAGUCAUUCACUCCUGCAACCACUGUCUUUUUGCAGUGGCUAGUUUGGAGAAGGUACUUUGACAGGCGAAUUUGGGCCUCUUUGGUUCCCAUUGUCGGAGGAAUUCUGCUCACAUCUAUUACAGAACUUAAUUUUAACAUGUUCGGGUUUUGUGCUGCCUUAUUUGGAUGUUUAGCUACUUCUACAAAGACGAUCCUUGCAGAAUCUCUACUGCAUGGAUAUAAGUUUGACAGCAUAAACACUGUUUACUACAUGGCACCUUUCGCAACCAUGAUCUUGGGACUACCGGCGCUGUUACUUGAAGGUAAUGGUGUUGCGGAUUGGUUUCAUACACACCCGACUCCAUGGGCAGCCCUCAUCAUUAUUUUCAGCUCAGGAGUGCUGGCUUUCUGUCUUAACUUCUCCAUUUUUUACGUGAUUCACUCAACAACUGCCGUCACGUUUAAUGUCGCCGGAAACCUCAAGGUAGCAGUUGCGGUGUUAAUCUCAUGGAUGAUAUUCCGAAACCCAAUUUCGGGUCUAAAUGCUGUUGGCUGUGGUAUCACGCUUCUGGGGUGUACGUUUUACGGAUAUGUUCGACACAUGCUCUCUCAACAGCCUCCCGGAACUCCUCGAACACCACGGACGCCUAGAAACAAGAUGGAGCUACUUCCCCUUGUAAAUAAUGAUAAGUUCGAUGAUAAGGUUUGA